AUGAAAGAAUCCUUAAUCAAAAAUAAAUCUUUUAUCAGUACCAGUGAUAAAAAUCCUCGCCAAACCAAAAGCAGCCUUGGCUCUAGAAGCACUAUUAACUUUGAUUUAGUUACGCGUCUUCUUCAAUCAAGAUCUACCAAAAUAUGCUACUCUGACCUAUGAUCCUGAAAAAUGAAAAAAGAAGCAGCUGCUAAAAGAGCCAAAUUGACCAAUAUACCCACAAUCCCCCAAAUUCAUGAACUAAACCUCUGCGAAAUCGAAAAAUUUUUUCGAGCUGCAGAACAAGAGCAAGCCUACCUCAAGAAAAACGCUUCCAAGCCAUCAGUACUUACAAUCCUCAAAGACCAAGGAUUAUCAAAAUUAAGCAAAUGCUUAAAAAAUACCUGGGAAGGCCGAAGUUUCAGUCAGCUAAAACCUAGGAAACCUGCAAUUAAUAAAAGAAAAUCUAUAAAUUUCAACCAAAGUUUUGAAUAUAUUAUAGAUACAUGUGAGCACGAAAAUGAGCUUAAUAGAAGCUUAAGCUCAAGCUUCAUAAAAGACAGUAAAAAUAUUAUGAAUAAAUACCAGUGUAUUAUAAGGAAAGCGUCUUCAGGGAAGCAAGGACUAAAAGAAUCAGAAAUAGAAGAAAUGAAAAAAUAUCAGCUAAAAGUUAAUGAAAUUACAGAUAGCCAUAUGUUUAAAAGAGAAAAUUUAAGGCAAAAAUCGGUCCUUUUCAAAGGAACGAGGGAUUCAAGAAAAAAGCUAUAA